AUGAAGUUUGUAUUGCUGCUGGCAUUUGUUUCCAUAGCUCUCUCUCGCCCCUGGUGCAUCGAUGAUUACGAUGAAUAUAACAAUAUCGUAAUAGAUGGCGAUGUAUAUUUUGCUAGUGACAAAAAAUUAGACAUAUUCGGAAGUUGUGAAGACGAUUCAUCAUCUAGCGCAGACGACGACAACAGCAACGACGACUACGGCUAUCCAGACCCAGACACUUCUGAUGAGAAAACUACAGCUAAGACUGAUGAUCUUGAAUAUCAUUCCAAUGAGAACAUGUACAAUUGA